AUGCCUCCCAAACCCACAAAUCCAACUUCUAAGGAUCUUGAGGAUGCUAUCCAAGCUACUCAUCAACUUAUGGAGCAAUCCCUCAACGCCACCCAUUCACACUUCACGGAGCAGCUGGGCAUAAUGAAUACCAAGCUAGAUAAUCAACAACAACUUCUGGACUCUCGCGAUUUCAACUUCCAGAAGCUGCUCGACGAGAGGCACGAGGCCCUCACAUCGUUGAUUACAGCGGCCUUACACUCCCGACCACCUCCAUCUGAUCCGCCACCAUUACGUCUUGCCGGCAACAAUACUUCCCUCACCUUAAACCAACCCACCACACUCCCAAUUUCACCUAUAAGUCCCUUUUCCUCACAACCACUCCCAACUAUAACUUUCACCCCUCCUCCUUCUCCAACACCAAUUCAACUCACCACAAACUUGCCACAAUUUACCCCUUUUCACAGUACCAUAACAAACCCUAUGUUUACUUCUCCAACCACCCCCAUCCCAGUUGCUAUACCUACUAUACAAACCCAACCACCGCUACCCCCACCAAUCAUACACACAUCACCGUUUCGGCACACACCCGUAUAUACACCUCAACCAUCCGUCAACAAUGCUAUACCUUUUGGUACCUUCCAACCCCAACCUCAAUCAUUUAAUCAAAAUAUCCAAAGCCCAUAUGCGACACACCCAACACCAAACCAAUUUUCCCACACCUUUCGUACGCCAAAGAUUGAACUCUCAGUUUUUGAUGGCUCCGAACCACUAGAGUGGUUGUUCCAAGCGGAACAAUUUUUCUCUUUUUACAAUAUUCCAAGUGAAAACAGGCUAUCUCUUGCUUCCUUUUACAUGAAGGGUGAUGCCCUCAGUUGGUUCAAAUGGAUGCACCAAAAUCAUCAACUUUUUGAUUGGACCUCUUUUUCAAAAACCCUAGAACUCAGGUUUGGUCCAUCCACAUAUGAGAACCACCAAGCCCAACUCUUCAAGCUGCGUCAAUAUGGCUCGGUUACCGAUUACCAAACUCAAUUUGAAAAGUUAGGUAAUCGCGUUAUCGGUCUCCCACCGGAAGCACUCCUAAACUGUUUUAUCUCGGGACUCAUACCAGAAAUCCGUCACGAACUAGCUGUCCAAAAGCCGUAUACCAUCACCCAAGCCAUAGGCUUAGCCAAACUCAUCGAAGCCAAAAUAAAAGACUCCAAAGUCCGACCCAAUCGCCAAUACACGCCCCAACACACAACAAACACACCCCUACUACCUUCAAGCAUCCGUGUUCCAACUCCUACUCACACCGACACACGACUUACCCCGCCGCCUCAAACAGCUACACCCACUCCCCCACAAAACACCAAGCUGCCAAUUCGACGCUUGUCCGCAGCCCAAAUGCAAGAAAGGCGAGCCCAAGGCCUUUGUUACAAUUGUGACGAGAAGUAUAUUGCGGGUCACCGCUGCGCCACCGGCAAAUACCUCCUGCUCAUCAUCGACCCGGAUGAGGAACCCACUGAGCUACCAGACAGCAUUGAUCCAGAUGACGACACUGUCGCCACGUAUUUCUACCUCUCUCUACAAGCAGUAACAGGACAACCUUCACCCCGCACCCUCAAGUUCAAAGGAUCCAUCUACGGCCUUCCUGUCUCUGUGCUCAUUGAUACCGGGAGUACUCACAACAUCAUGCAACCACGUAUUGCACACCACCUUCAAAUUCCCCACAACUCCAUCCCAAGGUUCUCCGUUAUGGUUGGAAAUGGAUCACGCAUCCACUGUUCCGGGUUCUGCCCUCAAGUACCCAUCAACCUUCAACACAACUUCUUUCAUAUUCCCUUCUACCUUAUACCAAUUGAAGGAGCAGAUGUAGUGCUUGGUAUGGAAUGGCUGCAAACACUUGGUCCUAUUGCUGCGGAUUUCGCUGUGCCUUCCAUAUCCUUUGUACACAACAACAACACCAUUACACUUCAAAAUGACCUCUCAACACAACCUUCACCUUCUACCUUCCACCACAUCUGCCACCUUGUUCAUACCAACUCCAUCGCCUCCAUGCACCUCCUUACUUAUACACCCAUUCCACAUAAAGAGACCACCAAUCAACCACAACAGCUGACAGACACAAUUCCUCCAGAUAUACAACAAUUGCUCAACACAUAUCCGACUGUGUUUCAAAAACCUCAUGGCCUCCCUCCACCACGACAUCAUGACCACCACAUACCCCUUCAACCCAACACGGCCCCAAUCAAUGUCAAGCCUUACCGUUACCCACAUUCUCAAAAAGAAGCCAUGACCACAAUCAUCCAUGAUAUGCUCAAAGAUGGCAUAAUCAUUCCUAGCAACAGUCCCUACUCCUCUCCGGUUCUCUUAGUCCGCAAAAAAGAUGGCACAUGGCGUUUUUGUGUCGACUAUAGAGCCUUAAAUGCAGUCACGGUUCGCGACCGUUUCCCCAUACCAACGAUUGAUGAACUUUUGGACGAAUUGGGAUCAGCAACGGUUUUCACUAAGAUGGACUUACGUUCGGGAUAUCAUCAAAUUCGAGUUAUGCCUAAUGAUACUCACAAAACAGCUUUUCGCACUUUUGACGGUCAUUAUGAGUUCUUGGUUAUGCCUUUUGGUUUAUCCAAUGCUCCAUCUACUUUUCAAUCCGCUAUGAAUGAUUUAUUCCGCCCCUUUUUGCGUAAAUUUAUUUUAGUAUUUUUUGAUGACAUUCUUAUUUUUAGCAACUCACAUUCUGACCAUGUUCAGCACCUUAAAUUAGUUCUGCAAUUAUUACAUGACAGUAAAUUCUUUGCAAAGCUAUCUAAAUGUAUUUUUGCAGUCCCUCAGGUUGAUUAUCUUGGUCAUGUGAUCUCAGCUGCUGGUGUCCAGCCGGACCCAGAAAAGAUUGAGGCUAUUCUCAGCUGGCCGGUGCCAAAAUCUCUCACAGCGCUCCGCGGGUUUCUAGGUCUCACAGGAUUCUAUCGGCGGUUUGUGCGUAACUAUGCCACUAUCGCCGCUCCACUCACGGAUUUAUUAAAAAUUACAAAGUAUACAUGGAAUUUACAAGCAAAUGAUGCAUUUACAACACUCAAGAAAGCAAUGACGUCCACGCCGGUUUUGAUUCUGCCUGAUUUCUCCAAACCGUUCAUGCUGGAAACGGAUGCAUCAGCAGUAGCUAUAGGCGCAGUGCUAUCCCAAGAUGGGCAUCCUUUAGCUUUUUUCAGCAGAAAAAUGUGCAACCGUAUGCAGCAGGCUUCGGUUUACGUCCGGGAGCUCUUUGCCAUCACCGAAGCGGUAAAAAAAUGGCGUCAAUACCUGAUUGGGAGACAUUUUCACAUUUUUACUGAUCAGAAAAGUCUCAAGGAGCUGCUAAUUCAAACUAUUCAAACCCCAGAACAACAAAAAUGGGCAGCAAAACUUCAAGGAUUUAGCUUUGAUAUUCACUACAAGCCGGGCAAAACUAACCUUGUGGCUGACGCUCUUAGUAGGCAGUUUAUUGAUGACUCCAGCUCUGUCCUUAUGGCUGUGUCAUCUACGCAUGAUCAGCCCACCUCUCAUUAUACUUUCAAAGACGGACUCUUGUUGUUUAAAGGCAGAAUAUACAUCCCUGACUUACCAGAAUGGAGACAAACAUUGUUGUCUGAAUUUCAUGCUACUCCUACCGCAGGACACUCAGGCGCACACCCAACAUACUCAAGGCUGGCAGCCUCUUUUCUCUGGCCUGGUGCGCACAAAUCUGUCAAGGAAUGGGUCCAAAGGUGCUCAGUUUGUCAACACAACAAGUACCUUCCUACAAAAAAACAAGGCAUGUUACAACCUCUAGAUGUCCCAGCACAAGUAUGGGAGGAUCUAUCCAUGGAUUUUAUCACACACUUACCAAACUCAUUCGGUCAUACAGCCAUAUGGGUUGUUUGUGACAGAUUAUCCAAGUACGUGCACUUUAUAGCUCUACCCACCAAGUUCACAGCAAAGGAUCUAGCCCUGCGAUUCUCCUCUGAAAUCUGCCGCCUUCACGGUGUUCCCAACUCCAUCGUCUCGGACAGAGACCCACUCUUUCUUAGCAAAUUUUGGCAAGAACUCUUCAGAGUGCAGGGGACAACUUUAAGGUUUAGUUCAGCCUACCACCCGGAAACGGACGGUCAGACUGAGGUUGUUAACAGAAGUCUGGAGACGUAUCUGCGUUGCUUCGCCAGUGACCAUCCGCGUCAAUGGUUCAAGUUCAUCCACCUUGCUGAAUAUUGGUACAACACCUCUUUCCAUUCAUCGAUUCAGAUGUCUCCUUUCCAGGCUUUAUAUGGGCGCGGUCCUCCAACCAUCAUCAACUAUGUUAAAGGACACACCACCAUUCCGGAUCUAGAUGACUCCCUAGAACAAAGACAACAACUCUUGAAAACACUCAAGGAGAACUUAAAGCGAAGCAGAGAGAAAAUGAAGCAUCAAGCAAACAGGAAGCGCAGAAACUGUACCUUUGAACCUGGUGAUCUCGUCCUUUUAAGGCUCCAACCAUACCGCCAACAAACAGUGAACAGACGCGUCUCUCCGAAGCUAUCAAAACGUUUCUAUGGACCGUUUGCAGUUCUUCGCCGUAUAGGCGCGGUUGCCUAUGAACUGGAUCUUCCAAAAACCUCAAGAAUCCACCCCAUUAUUCAUGUCUCCCAACUCAGAAGAUACCAUGGACAGAAUCCAACAACCCAUUUUUCACCCAUACCUGCAGAGUUAGAACAAAGCAUUAUUCUAGACCCCCCAUCGGAUAGCAAGGCAGAAGAACAACCAGACACUCAGGGAAGUCUCAUCAAACCAGAGACUGAGAAGGAAGAAGAAGACUCGGAAACGGAAGAACUCUCUCCCAACCUCCAUCAAACCCCUUUGAACAAAACCUUAAGUGGUAUGACUAAAACAAUGGACAAGUCUUCCACUUUACUCAAUCCCCACGACCAACCUAAGCCACAUGACUCCGGACUCCACUCCCAAGGUCAAUCUCUACCGUUGGAUGCAACGGUCAUCUCCAAAAAGACACCUUUGCAAUCAGCUGUAAAGCCUUUCAAUGGUGCUUGUCCCAAAACUAUUCCUGAACCGUUGGAUGUUCCUGCCAACCUUAUCAAUGCACCAGACCCCACCAUUGCCAAGACAAGUAUACCCUCCCUCUCACAAUCAUUCACCCCAAACCUUGAGGUCAAGGUUUCAUCUGCACCGGAUAGCAAUGAUAGCAACUUAAGGGUACAAGUAAGCAAAAGAAUCAGCACCAAGCCUAUUUGGACCAAAGACUAUAUCCUCAAAUAA